AUGGCGUCCAGCGUCACACUUCCAGCUGUGUCUGUUCAUUUACCGAUUCUUGUGAAGCGCAUAAUGCGAGGAGAACUGGCCGAAGACAGUCGCUACGAGAAUCCUGAUAUUUUUGUGCCCAACAAUCUUAAAGAUCAGGAGCAAAAUGAUCUGAGUUUAUGGGCUGUUCGGAAGAAACAUUUUCGCGAAACUGAAGAGUGGAAAAGGAAAAAAAGGCGAGUUCGCACAAAGAUAAGAGCGAUGGGACGAAUAAACUUGGCCCUUAUCAUUGCUCGGAUGCCUGUGAGUUUGCGUUUAUGA